AGCCAUGACAACCUUUUCCUUGGUCAGAUAUGGUAUAUAACAUAUAUCCAUCCUAUGUAAGAAUGGAGUAAAAUUAAGGAAAUAAGGAAAAGUAAGUAGAUGGGUUCAACAGGAGGAGUCAUGAAGGAGACAUUGUUCAUAUCUCAUGGAUCACCCACCCUCUCAAUAGAUGAUAGUCUGCCAGCCAGACAUUUCUUGAAAUCUUUUACACAAAAAGUGUCCUUGUCUCAGAGACCAACUUCAAUUCUGGUCAUUUCUGCUCACUGGGAAACAGAUACCCCGGCUGUUAAUGUCAUUUCUGGUGCUAAUGAUACCAUCUAUGACUUCUAUGGCUUUCCCAAACCCAUGUAUCAGAUCAAGUAUCCGGCUCCGGGAGCUCCAAAAUUGGCAAGGAGGGUUCAGGAGCUUCUCCAAGGAUCAGGAUUUGGGAAGGUUUAUGAGGACAAGAAGAGGGGUCUUGACCAUGGUGCAUGGGUCCCACUCAUGCUCAUGUACCCUGAAGCUGAUAUUCCUGUGUGUCAGCUCUCCAUUCAGACACACAAGGAUACAUAUCAUCAUUAUAAUAUGGGGAAAGCUUUGGCCCCUUUGAAGGAGGAAGGCGUGCUUAUUAUUGGUUCCGGAUCUGCAACUCAUAAUUUUAGUGAUAUGCGGGAGACCAAAGCUGUUGCUCCUUGGGCUAAAGACUUUGAUACCUGGCUCAAAGAUGCUCUUCUUGCCGGAAGGUAUGAAGAUGUAAACAAUUAUUUGGAGAAGACGCCCUACGGAAAACGAGCUCAUCCACACCCUGACCACUUCUAUCCAUUACACGUAGCUAUGGGUGCUUCUGGUGAAAGUUCAAAGGCUGAACUUCUCCAUGAGAGCUGGAGUCUUCAUGCCCUUUCAUAUUCCUCCUACAAGUUCACUUCGAAAUAAAGUAAAUAUUCUGCCAAAAAUUCCAGUGUGCAUCACAAAGCCGCAGACCAUUGCGUGCAAUGGCUUGCCAUGCUUUCAAUGUAUGAAAAUCUGACAUUUUUUGCCUUCAUAGUUUUAUACAAGUGUGUGUAGUGUUUUACCUUCCCUUCCGUAAUUUAAUAGUUGUUCAGACAGAAACUGUGCUAAGACGACGAGUUUUAUAAUGUAAUUGGAACUAGAGUCCUGAUUUGUUUGAUCAAAGAUAUAUGUUUAAUUUGUACCAGUAA